AUCUCAACCUGGCUCAAGUUCAUCCCACUUUAUAAACAGACCUAGAGUUCAGACGAGCAUGUUGAUCCUCUCGGCCAGCAGAUGGCGCGCCAGGCACAGUUUCCAGGAUUGGAGGACGCUCGAGAGGACCGGCUGGAGAGGAAGGGGAGUGGCGCAAACCUUCCUGUGGAAGAGCGUCAGCCUUCUAACCAAUCAAAAACGCGUGCAUCAUCACGUUACUGAGUUGGGCGGUGGCGCGCGGAAAUUUGAAAUGGCAGAUGACUACGGUUUCCCGGCGGGUAGGGCGGUGCAGUCGGCAGAGAUGCGGGAACCGGAGCCCCCGGGGUGGGAAGGAGAGGAAGAGCCCGCGCCCCUUGAGAGAGGUUUGUUCCAAGAAAAAGAUUCAUGCAAUAAUUAUAGCAACUGUGAUAAGCCAGGUACUCGAUUACAAAGUUUUGUGCCAGAUGGAAAAACACUUUUACCGGAACUGUUUCAAACAAGUCAUCUUUUGUUCUAUGAGAGGUUCAGAGCCUAUCAAGAUUACAUUUUAGCUGACUGCAAGGCCUCUGAAGUAAGAGAAUUCACAGCUGAGUUCCUGGAGAAGGUCCUUGAACCAUCUGGAUGGAGGGCAGUCUGGCACACUAAUGUCUUCAAGGUGCUGGUUGAGGUAACAGAUGUGGACUUUGCAACUUUGAAGGCAGUGGUGAAGCUUGCUGACCCAUACCUCUGUGAAUCUGAAAUGAGCACAUUUACGUUAGAGUGUAUAAAAGAGCUCCUUGAACUGAAGGAGCAUCGGUUACCCCUUCAGGAGCUGUGGGUAGUGUUUGAUGAUUCUGGUGCAUUUGACCAGACAGCACUUGCAAUUGAGCAUGUCAGGUUUUUCUACCAAAACAUUUGGAGAAGUUGGGAUGAAGAAGAGGAGGAUGAGUAUGAUUAUUUUGUCAGAUGUGUUGAACCUAGAUUAAGAUUGCAUUAUGACAUUCUUGAAGAUCGAGUUCCAUCAGGACUUAUAGUUGACUACCACAGUCUCUUGUCUCAAUGUGAAGAGAGUUACAGGAAGUUUUUAAAUCUGAGGAGCAGCUUGUCAAAUUGUGGCUCUGAUUCUGAACAAGAAAAUAUCUCCAUGGUAGAAGGGUUAAAAUUGUAUUCAGAGAUUGAACAGUUGAAACAAAAGCUAAAACUCAUUGAGAAUCCUUUAUUGAGAUAUGUAUUUGGCCAUCAGAAACAUUCUAGUAUCCAAGCAAAAGGUGUCCGCCCAAGUGGUCAGAAGGUUACUCAUGUGGUUUCUCCCAUCUUGAUGGCUAGCCUACUGCAAUCCCUUCUUAGGGAUAGACUUUGUCAGGAGCCUCACAAAGAUGAAAUGGAAAUUCAGUUCCACAGUGAUCCAUGGUCUGCUGUAAAUGCCAGCUAUGAAGGUGACACUGUUAUUGUUUGUCCUGGUCAUUAUGUGGUACAUGGCACAUUUUCCAUUGCUGAUGCCAUUGUGUUGGAAGGAUAUGGUCUUCCGGAUGAUAUUGUGAUAGAAAAGAGGGACAAAAAUGACACUUUUGUGGAAUGUACUGGCACGGAUAUUAAAAUCUCAGGCAUAAAAUUUGUUCAGCAUGGUGCUGUGGAAGGAAUUUUAAUCAUUCAUCAUGGCAAGACUACAUUGGAAAACUGUGUGCUACAAUGUGAAACUACAGGAGUCACGGUACGAACAUCAGCAGAAUUUUUAAUGAAGAACUCAGAUUUAUAUGGUGCUAAGGGUGCUGGUAUAGAAAUAUAUCCUGGAAGUAAGUGUAUCUUGAGUGACAAUGAGAUUCAUCACUGUAAGGAAGGGAUUCUUAUUAAGGACUUCUUAGAUGAACAUUAUGAUAUUCCUAAAAUAUCCAUGGUGAAUAAUGUCAUACACAAUAAUGAAGGUUAUGCUGUUGUCUUGGUAAAACCUACAAUUUUCUGUGACCUGCAAGGAAAUGCCCAUGUUGGAACUAAAGAGAGUAAAGAACUUAAAAUUCAGACAAAUGGAGAGGCAAAUGCAGCUGAAAGUGUGGAUGUAGAAGAGCUGAUUCAGUGUGCAACUGGUAAAAUGGAGCUUUAUGGAAGACCUGACCUUUCUGAGCAAGUUGAAGGCAAUUGUGAAAUUGUAAAUGAGCUAGUUGUAGCAUCAAUGCAAAAAGGCCAGAAGAAGAAAAGAUUAAGUGAACUAGGAAUUACAGAAGCUGAUGACAACUUAAUGUCACAGGAGAUGUUUAUUUCAAUUUUGGGGAACCAGUUCAAGUGGAAUGGGAAAGGAAGUUUUGGCACAUUUCUUUUCUGACCACUGUGAUGUAAAUACAGAGCAAGACAUUGGCUUUUGCACAUGCUGCCCGCAAAUCACUGCUGCUGUUUUAGUGUGCUUUAUUUCUGUAGUUUACAUAUGAUUAGGUAUGAGUGAAAUGUAGAUCUAUUUUUCUCUGCAGUUGUUGCACAUAAAGUAUUGCUUGUUUGUAAAAAAGAUUAUAGAGCAUGUAAAAUAGAAAAUGUGGAAAUUUGUUAUCUAGAAACUCUUAAUGGUUCUCUCACAGUUAACCUAUUUGCAACUUUCUAGUGUAAAUACAUUUAAUUAAGCACUUAAGACAGGGAAGAAGGAAGAUGGAAUGCAGUGAUUGCACAAAAAAGCAGUAGAUGUCAGAUAUGCAGUGUCUUACAGUUGUCUUUUUACUCCAGUAUUAUUCUGAUUUCCAUGCUGUAUUUGCAUAAUACUGCUCUUAAAAUAAAAAGCUUUAUGAUUGGGAGGUUAUAGUUUCAUUGUUAAUGAAAAUUUGAGUGGAAUGCAUAUUUAUGUUAAACUAGGCAGUCAUCAUAGUAGUAAUAGAUAGCAUUCUAGAUUUGUAGCCAAAAUAAAGUAUGUUGUUGAAAGCCAAUGUAUUUUCACUGCUGCUGAAUACGAAUGAUUGAAAAGAAAGUGCUUUUUCUUCAUGAUAACAGUAUUCUGAACAAAAUUGUUAGUCAAAAUAGUUAAUUGUAUAACCUUUGUCAGCUCUGCUUUUGAUAACAUAUUAUAAGCUACAGUUUUUAACGUUAUUUAUGUGAAAAAUCUAUAUGGCUACUGAUUAAAAUUAUAAUGAUGAAACAAAA